GACGCGCAGGCGCAUUGCGGACACUUGUUCUCCCAUUCCGGCGGCGGUGAGAAGGGGGGUACGUUCGGGUUUUUGUUAAUCGGGGGCCGGUUGCAGCGGGAAAGGGCUCGGACUAAGUUUUGCCGGACGGCUGGAGGCUUCGGGCAGCCUGAUUUUACUUUUUUUUUUAUCCGAGCCCGGCCCGUGGGAUUAGCUACACGCUGGAGGAACUCAGUAGGCCAGGCAGCAUCAACGGAACAGAGGUCAAACCACAUUUCGGUCGGAAUCAUUCGGCAGGACUGGAGAAAAAUAACUGACCAGUGGAUUUAAAAGAGCCCCAGAGUCGGGGAGCAGCCGUCACCAUCGUGGGCUGCGUGGAGAGUGAGCCAGGAGGAUACCCGGAGGUUAAAAAUGACAAGGAAUUUGUCUACAGGAGUCUUGAACACAACACGCCAGUUUUGCUGUCUCUGUCCAGAUAUUUAAGAAGUGGAGCAAGGGAUUCACUCGAUCAUCCUUCCUGCUCAGACAGUGGGAAUGGAUUCACUUGGUCAUCUCAACUGAAGGUACAUCAGCAAGUUCACACUGGGACAAGGCCAUUCACCUGUUCUGUAUGUGAGUAGGGAUUCAGUCGGUCUUCCCACCUGUGGACACACCAGUCAGUUCACACUGGACAGAGGCUGGUCAUCUGCUGAAUUUGUGGGAAAGGAUUCAAUCGGUCAUCUGACCUAAUGGCUCACCAGCGAGUUCACACUGGAGAGAGGCCGUUCACCUGCUCGGACUGUGGGAAGGGAUUCACUUUUUCAUCUAAACUGAAGAUACAUCAGCAAGUUCACACUGGGGAGAGGCCAUUCACCUGCUCAGACUGUGGGAAAGGAUUCACUUGGUCAGCUGACUUAAUGGCUCACCAGCGAGUUCACACUGGAGAGAGGCCGUUCGCCUGCUCAGACUGUGGGAAGGGAUUCACUUGCUCAUCUAAACUGAAGGUACAUCAGCGAGUCCACACUGGAGAGAGGCCGUUCACCUGCUCAGAGUGUGGGAAGUCCUUUAUUCGGUCAUCUGACCUAAUGGUACACCAGAGAGUUCACACCGGGGAGCGGCCGUACACCUGCUCAGACUGUGGGAAGGGAUUCAUUAGUUCAUCUCACCUGAAGGUACAUCAGCGAGUUCACACUGGGGAGAGGCCAUUCACCUGCUCAGACUGUGGGAAGGGAUUCACUUUGUCAUCUGAUUUACUGAGACAUUGGUCAGUUCACACCGGAGAGAGGCCAUUCAUCUGCUCAGUCUGUGGGAAGGGAUUCACUCGGUCAUCUUACCUAAUGGUACAUCAGCGAAUUCACACUGGAGAUUGGCCGUUCUCCUGCUUGGACUGUGGGAAGGGAUUCACUUGGUCAUCUCAACUGAAGGUACAUCAGCGAAUUCACACUGGGGAGCGGCCAUUCACCUGCUCAGACUGUGGGAAGGGAUUCAUUCUGUCAUCUCAUCUGAAGGAACAUCAGCGAGUUCACACUGGAGAGAGGCCGUUCACCUGCUCAGUCUGUGGGAAGGGAUUCACUUCGUCAACUCCACUGAAGGUACAUCAGCGAGUUCACACCGGAGAGAGGCCAUUCAUCUGCGCAGACUGUGGGAAGGGAUUCACCUUGUCAUCUGAUUUACUGAGACACCAGUCAGUUCACACCGGAGAGAGGCCAUUCAACUGCUCAGACUGUGGGAAGGGAUUCACUUCGUCAUCUAACCUGAAGGUACACCAGCGAGUUCACACUGGAGAGAGGCAUUCACCUGCUUAGACUGUGUGAAGGGAUUAAUUUUAUCAUCUCAGCUGAAGGUACAUCAGCGAGUUCACAUUGGGUAGAGGCCGUUCACCUGCUCUGUGUGUGGGCAGGGAUUAACUCGGUCAUCUGACCUACAGAAACACAAACGAGUUCACAAUGGGUAGAGGCUGAUCACCUGCUCAGACUUUGAUCAGAGAUUCUCUCAGCCAAAUCAACCAAAUGUGCAUCAGCAAGUGGGGAGAGGCCGUUCAGCUGCUGUGAGUGUGGGAGGCGAUUCACUCAGUCAUCUAACCUUAUCUAACCUUCAGCUUAAUUUAGGGCCCCAGCCCAGCUAAACAUAAGAAAUCUCAUUUGGGUGGGUGCUGUGUGAUGUGUCCGCUGUUACAAAUCAGUACCCCAAAGAAAUAGUACACAAUAUGUGAUUAACUGAUUGAGAUUUGUAAUUCUUACUUUGACUAUAGGGUUUGUAAAGAAAACAAAAAAAAAGGGCACACUCCAUCCGCUCACCUUUUCUCAUCUCUCCCCAGCAAAAGACCGCGAAAAUAUCUCUUCCAGACUCACAAAAAAGAACGUUUCUGUCGUUCCUGCAGUCCAAAACCCUGCUAACUCUCAUCAUAACCUAAACAUUGCUGCUACAGAGAAACCAUUACCUCAGCAGUGAAACAUUGCAGAGAGGCCAUUACAUGAGCAGUGAAACCUUACAGCGUGUUACAGUUGUGACACACUACCGAGUUCACACUGGGGAGAAAGUUUCAAUCAGCUGGAUAUUUGUCCAUUGCCAUUGCUGAAUGCUAUUUCAAGAGUGACUGUCGAUGCUGAACUCUGCAAUUAUUGCUGCUGCUCACCACACCCAGUUCUGCACCCUGGUCACUGGGCACGGGAGGAGUUUCUUCUGCUGCACAUUCACUUUUAAUGGGACUGGAGUUUAAUAUUCUGGAUCUGAGUCAAAUAAAGCAA